AUGGCGCAAGGCAAAAAAGUCUACAUGGCCAUGGUCAUGACCAUGAUGAACGAGACCGCCGACGAACGAUACAUUUUGACCGAUCAUGAUGUCAGGUGUACAAUGGACGACAGGAUAUACCACGCCAUACACCUGGGAAAGAGCCGCGUUAUGGCUGACCCAGCGUUUGGAUAUGGGAUUCCUCGACACCCAGCCCUGGAUAAGGCUUUUCGCAAGGAGGUGGUUGAUAUAAAACAAAAUAGUGGCCAGGGAGACAAGCCGGGCUCUCGUGCUUGGUGUGCUAUGUACGGCCAUGGGAGAGACGCCAUGUGGCCGCCAAUGGACCCUGGGAAGCCGCACCAAGAGAUGAAGCAGGCUCUCGAAAGGCAGGUUGUGAAGAUGGAAAAGGCUUGGAAAGGCUUUAGACAUCUCGUGGUUGGCAAGGAGCGGCUCAUCCAAGACACUAUCAUCAAGCUUGCAAGCGCUAACGGAAAGCUGAGUGAGUCCCAUACUCUCGAAGGAUUUUUGGAAGACGCCUGGAGAGAAGCCAGAGAUGAUUACAACAAUGAUUUCGUGGAGCAACCCGAUCGCUUGGGACGCGAUUACCUCCUGGACCCGGAGGGCACCAUCGCGGAUGGCCAUUCCAGCGACCUCGAAAUCUUUGCUCUAGACUUUCUCAAAGAUGUGUCUCAGAUCGUCUUGACGCAAGUACAUCGGCACCACCCCCUGUAUCGGCAUGGGGCCAAUUACCAAGACGAGAGCGAAACCCUGGCCGAGAUCAUGGCUAUGAAGACAAUGGGAAUGGAUCAGCUGAAGAUGCCAGAGCCGAUAAACGAAAAAGUUGGCUUCAACAAGAAUGUCGCUGAUCAUCUGCGCAAGGUCAGGGCCAACUUUUUGGUACCACAUAUCAACCUCAGGGACCUGCUCGAUCCAUACAACCUGCUCAGCUUUAUCCACCACCGCGCUCGGCUGGUCCCCUCGGAAUUUGCCCUGCUUGACAACGAUCUCAGCUACUUGGGCAGGCAUUCGAUGAUUCUGUCAGGCUAUUUCGAUUGUGCCGUUCUUGUUAGCCUCAGAGUACCCUCGUCCAAUAAUGAUGAAACCGAAAGCGAUCGUCCACUCGGAGUCUGGUUCGACAACGACGAUGUAGAGGAAGAAACCUCUGACCAACAGAAGGCCUUGAUGGAGGCCGGGGAGUUAUUUGGGACCAUGGAAGCAUUCCUCAUCCUCCAGUCACAAACAGUCACUUACCUAUUCCUGGGAAAACUCUGCGCGGCCUUGCUCAAGGCAGCGCAAGGAAAGACACCUGGACACUCCGUCCCCGUUCCGAACCCAAACGAAGAAGCCGAGGCAUUGCGGACAAUCCAAGGUCUGAGAGGCAACAGUCGGGAAAGAUGGCAAGACAUAGCGUCGAUACGUCAGUACGAGCCGAUCCCGGCCACACUGAAUCUGGAGAGAUACCAGCAAAACAUCCUGUCAAAGAAGGACCGGGCCGAGGACCACAUUGGGAGAUUGUUCAACGAGCCCGAGUAUUUCUUCCAACAGCUGCUGGAGCAGAAAGAGCACCAUUGGGUAAAUCUGGACAUUUCCUAUGAGAAACGAAGGGACCCGCUCAUUGAAAAAUACCACCAAAAGGAGGAUAAGCGUCACAUUCUAUACGAAGACUGCUUGAGGAACGUUCUUCGAAGAGCCGUCUUUGAGUUCUUCAUGUGGAAUGCAGUCGAGGAGACUCUAGUCGGGGCGACAAGGCUCGAGGCUCGCCAGCCCCCGCAUGGACAGGACAGGAUGGUGCCGAGCACGCACAAGGAUGGCGCAAAGACUUGGCCACACGCAAAGUGGUCUACCUACAGCGAAGAAGAUCAGGAGUAUCUUCGGAUGUCAUACCUCAAGUUGCAGAGCAUGAUCCGCUACUUUGGGGUAUUCUUUGUGCUCGAGUUUCGCAACAAGGCUAUCCACGCAGCUUCUCAGCCGAUGCGAGAUAUUUUCUGCAUAAAGAAGGCUCCGCGGCCCGGGGGUGUGGCUCAGGGCGCAAAGUUCAAGAGAGGCCACUACAGCUCGGAUGAGAUGGAACUCGGCCUAACGAAGAAAACCCUCGCCGAAGACCGGGAAAACCUGACAAGAAUUGUUGCUGAGUUGAUCGAGAACUUCAUAUCAAUCCGGACUUCUUCCAUGUAUAUGGGCAUGCGGAAAGUUACAGCGCGCCUCCAACGAUACCUGGAUGACUGCGACGACGAGGAUACAGCCCAGGUCUUUUCUACCCUUGUUUCCGACACCAUCGAUGGCCUCGACCUGCUCGCGGAGCUAGCGGAGCACCUGGAACUUCACUUUCCUGUCCAUGCGGUCCAGAUGGCAGACCUCAGCUACAACGAGGAGAAACGCAGAGAAGCGUUUUCGGAGUCGUUGUCCGGGGUGUCCAUUGACUUUCUGGCCUUUGACGACUUUGAAAUUGAGGCAGUCCCUGUCAAGAGGCUUGGACGCAUAUACCAGUUCCUCGAUCAAAUGCAGGGGUUUUCAAACAACAAGAUAAACUUUGGUGAAGCAAGGGGCGAUCUGAAGCGCCUCGGUUCAUCCCUAUUGCACGCGCUCAUCUACAAGGAGAACGAUAACAACAAAAUUCAGGCAAGCAUGGAAGCACUAGACAGACUGGCAAAUACGAUGGGAGUUACUAGGAACCAGUAUCCAUUUGACCAGCGGGAACCCCCCAUGGAUAUGGACAAGCAAGAGAACCUGCCUGAGCGGUGGCCAACCAAUGAAUGGAAGAAUAUUCGCCAACAACUGCUGGAUGACGAAAAGCGUAGGAAGAAGGAGGCGAAGAAACCUUGGAAGAACAAGGGCGAGAGCUCCAAAAACAAGGAUGACCCCGUGGCCAACGUGCAGAAACGCACGGAGAUCCUGAAAGCUCGACGGCAGUUGGAGACUGACCGAUGGAAUCGAAGCAAGAAGCGCCAAAAGGCGAAAUGGCGGUGGCGAUUCGCGGGAGCGGCCAAGCCUGGAGAUGCUGGGGCUGCAUCCGAGGAUGAUUCUGAAUCGGAAUCGGAACCUAGUGGAAAUAACGACAACGCUGGGGACAUUGCUGGCGGCGUACAGCAGCUCGGCAUCCAACCGCCAGCUCAGAGACCUCUCCCACAGCCCCGACAACCUCUGCCAGCACAUCGACAGCCUGGCAGGCAGCCCGAGAUUCAACAGCUUCAGCUUCCCCCUCUACCGCCUCCUCGACAACUCCCACCGCGACCCCGAGCCGCCGAUGUCUCACCGCCGACACCUGCUCUAGCGCCAGACAACAAACCUCCCGGAAAGCUUAACAAGCGCGUAUGGGAUACGUUCAGGAGCAUCUUUGGCAAGAGUCACUCGCGUGUGUCGUGGGAGGAGCUUGUCCGGGCGAUGAACGCCAUCGGAUAUCAAGACGAAGGCCGGGGAGGUAGCCACGGCGUGUUUUUGAGAACUGACAACUGCCGCUGGAGGACAGAGGCUCUGCCAAAGGCCAAGAACAUCCAGCUGGCCAAGUAUCACGGCGGUAGCAGGAAGGGGGCUCCGCGAGGAAAGACAUUGGACUGGGGGACGAGGCUGGAACAGAGAGGUUUGACAUGGAAUUUUUUCAGGCAGUGGUAUCGAGAGAAGUUUUGA